AUGAUAGGCGACUUAGCUUUUACCGAACUUUGGAGCCUCCAAGAGCUCUAUCUCGACAGCAAUGAAAUAGAAUUUAUUUCCGAAAGAGGUUUUGGUGGACUGAUUCAGUUGCGAAAACUUUCCAUAGCUGACAAUAAGUUGGGAGUUAUAGAUAACAAUGUUUUCGGCGAUGUAAAAAAGUUGAAUGUUUUAGAUUUAAGAAACAAUGAAUUGGAAACCUUAAUAGAGGAAGUCAUGCAAAAUGUUAUUGAAAACUUUAAGUCUAAUUACGCUUUUAUUGCCCUUGGUGGUAACAAAUUGCAUUGCGAUUGUAGUUUAUCUUGGCUACACAAACUAAGUAAUGAAACACGAAGUAGACGCGUCAAAACUGCUCUUGCCCGACUUAGUUGCAUUAGUGAUAUUAAAUUACCUAUUACUAAUUAUUCUAAGUCUGAGAAAAUUAUUGACUCCUCUCACACGUUAAAUUCAAUGACAUAUAAAAAAUCCUUCGAAAAAAUGUAUGAUGAAGGGGAAGGAAAUAUUGAAGAUGAUCCUGUUUACGAAGACACGUUGCAAGACCAAGAAACUGAAAUACCAAGUAAUAAAAUAGAAUACCGGAGAAAAUUAUUGCAGAUACCAGCAGAAAUGUUGCCAUGUCCGAGCAAGUACAGUUUCGAAGCAUCCUUUUCUCCACCAACACAAGACGAAGUAAAAUAUUAUAAAUCAUCUUCAAGUAGAGUAACAGCUUUAGUAACAUAUCUGAUGACAAUUAUUUUUAAUUUGACGUAG